AUGUACUCUUAGAAGGAAAAUAAUUAACUGUUGAUUAAUCCAUUUCAAUUAGAAUUAAUUGAGAAGGUUGCUUAGACAUUCUAAGAAAAGUUAAAAGAAAUAGAUAAAAAUAAUUUUGUUGAAGCUUGGAUUUGGCUUUGUUAUUAUUGUUAUGCUUAAGAAUUUGAAAACAAAGAAAUUUAAUUAAUUACAAUACUAAGAAGGUUAGACAUGAAUAUUACAAUGUAUCAAGAAGCACAUUCUUAAUUAUGUAGUGAUAUGAUGUAUGAGAUAAGCUAAUUGAACUCAUUUUAUGAAAGUUAAUUCAGAGGCAAUGCAGGAAAUAAACUAAAAGUUGAAAGUAUUGACAAUUAAUUUGAAAAAAAUAUGUUAGUAACUUUUUAAUGUGAAUUUGUUUCUUUCACUAUGAGGAAAUUAUGUUGGUUAGAAAAAUCGCAUAUAAGAAAAUUUAUAGAAGAUAUUAUAAAUAAAAUAUGGGAGUAUUAUUAAAAACAGAUUCAAAAUGAAUUUUUUGAAGUAAUGUAAACUGAAAUAAUUAAGACAAUAGAAAGAUAUACAGAAAUUUGA